AUGAGUUUAAGUUGUUCUCGUGCAAAGCGUAUUUAUGGACCAGAUCGGCAAGCUUACGUGAAAGUAGAGUAUGGGGAAAUAAUUGAUAGGCCUCUUCAUCAUCGUAGAUGUGAGCCACAAUCUGAGGAAAGUGUUCUAGUCCAAAAUCUGGAUCGCGAAUGUCGUAGAAGCAUCCGUAAGGGUGAGAAAAAUCCUCGAGAGGCUCAUUCAGAAGGAUUAGAUAAAAUGGCUGAAAUAGAAGCAUCAUUUUCUGGGGAUGAGAAUGUUCAAGGAUCGCUGCAAAAACUUUUCCCUUCAUGGGAAAGAGUUAAGGCUGCAUAUUUUCGACAAAGAGAUUUAUUAAAAAAGGCUACUAUAGCAGCAGAACUUGAAGAAAAUAGUUAUCAAACUGUUGCUGAGGGUAGUGAUAUGGGUCGUUUUGAGGAAAUUGAUAGCUGUGACGGUUUUAUCCAACCUGCUAGUGCAGCAAUUGAACUUACUCCUGAAAUGAGUGUUUUGAAAGACCAAUUAUUGUACGAUCUCCAAAUAGCAAUACGAAGAGAAGUUAAUAGAGCAGUCACUCGUACAACUUCUGCGUUGGAACAACGAUUUGAUCUCAAAAUAAUGCAAAUAUUUGAUGAAGUAUUCCGAAUGCACAGUGAGGAAGUUGCUGCAGAAUCAGGGGUCGAUGAAUACGCCCUUCAAGAUUUUCCGUCAACAUCAACAGCUACUAGUUCUUCGAAACGUAGACGUUUGGAAAGCGCAGGGUUGAACGAAAAAGUCAAUGAUACACCAUUUUCGAUUCCUGCAUGCUAUUUAAAACGUCGGAUAGAAAUUAAAGAAGAUUCCAAAAAAAGGGAUUCUCAUAUGUGA